AUGUUCGUGCCUCGGUUUGGAAUCGUGAAGAACGUCGCACUCAGAAACAUCGUCAUCACCACACGAAUAGGCAAGACGUUCCACUCAUCCACCAUGUCCGAGUACCCCUACAUUUCUGAGCCGCAGACACCUGAGCUGCCCUCCUACCACUCCAAAAUCCAGGGCAUUGCCAACAAGUUCCGAGAAGCCGGAUGGACUGCCUGUGACGCAGCUGACGCUCUUGUCAAGCACGGCGACGAGUCUGGAGGAUACCUUCCCGGUCUAAUUCAGCAGUCUUUCAACUCCAAGACUCCUGUGACCGUUGGUCCUGCUUAUACCGUCGAGUACGCCCCUCUGGAUGACCCUCGACCCGCUGUUAAGGCUGGAUACAUUGACGAUGCCCCCAAGGGCGCUGUCAUAGUCAUUACCACUUCUCCUUCUGUCCAAUUGACUGCUGCUCCCUUCACUCGAAUCUCUAACGCACUUUAUGGAGGUCUGAUGAGCACUCGAGCCAAUUACCUCAAGUGUGCUGGAACUGUGGUCUUUGGAAAGAUUCGGGACAAGAAGGAACAUGUCGAUCUCGAUUACCCCGUGCACUCUUAUGGUCUGGGAACCACUGCCCCCGGUUCUGCUGUCAAGGUUGUUGCUGUGGGCGAGCCCGUGGAGAUCCAAGUUGCUGGUCAGGCUGGAAAAGAUGAUAAGGCUGAGACCCGACGAAUUGCCGCCGGCGAUCUUGUUAUUGCUGACGAGAACGGCGUCGUUGUGAUUCCCGAAGCUGACGCCCAGAAGGUGUCUCUCUACAUUCCUGCUCGAGUCAAGGCCGACACUCUUGUUGCCAGCGACAUCAAGGAGGGAGUCCGUGCCCAAGAGGCCCAGAAGGAGCGACGACGACUCAUGUACACCCCUCUGAACGAUGAGGAUGAGUGA